AUGAAUAAAAAAUAUGAUAAAUUAGGCACUGAUGUUUUUAAUAAAGUCGAAAAAAUUAGCUCAGAACUAUUUACAUUAACAUAUGGCGCAUUGGUCACCCAGUUAAUUAAAGAUUACGAAGAUAUUGAACAAGUUAAUAUUAAAUUAGAACAAAUGGGAUAUAAUAUAGGUAUUCGUUUGAUUGAAGAGUUUUUAGCAAAAUCAGGUAUUGGUAGAUGUCAAGAUUUUAUUGAAACUGCCGAAGUUAUUGCCAAGGUUGGUUUCAAAAUGUUUUUAGGUGUAACAGCACAUAUCAGUGACUGGGAUAGCGACAAAAAAGAAUUUCAUUUAAUCAUCGAAGAUAACCCACUUAUCGAUUUUGUAGAAUUACCAGAUCAUUAUAAACAUAAACUUUACUAUUCAAAUAUACUUUGUGGUGUAAUUAGAGGUGCUUUAGAAAUGGUACAAAUGAAGGUUAAAUGUACUUUUGUAAAAUGUGCUCUCAGUGACGAAUCCACAUCAGAAAUUAAAGUUGUUUUAGAAGAAGUUUUAUCAGAUUUAAUUCCAGUAGGUUAUGAUUAA